CGAUUCAAACACAGGUUAUGGUCCAUUCGCCAAUCAACAAAGUUAUAAUUAUUUUAUACUGCGAAUGUUCGGGUAUUCGUGUUGAUCAGGUAGUACGAAUUGUUUUAAGUAGCUCUCUGUCCCGGGGGCCGGAGGUUAUAAACAGAGAUGCUGCCAUCAGUGGUGCUCUGCAUGGCCCUGCUGGCCUCGGCGGCUGCCAUGACGUGUCCCGAUGGUAGAGUCACUCAGGAUGGUAGCAGUUGCUGCCUCAGCCCCUCGGGUGUCUAUACCUCUUGUCCUCUGCCUCACGCCGUUUGCUGUGAGGAUCACUUGCACUGCUGCUCCGAGAGCAGCACCUGUGACCUGGAACAUAACAAGUGUGUCAAUGCAACUGAAUCACUAGAGAUGGUCAAGAGGAUUCCUACAAGACUGCUGCCAAAGUCUUCCCAGAUGAUCCCCACUUUCUCAGAAGAUACGAAUUAUAGGACAAUGUGUGCAGACAAGACUCGCUGCCCCACUGCUUACUCUUGUUUGAAGACGGGCGACGCUUUCGGCUGCUGCCGCUUAAAGCAGGGUGUCCCUUGUUCAGAUGGUAAACACUGCUGUCACAAGGGCCACAAAUGUAGUGAGGAUGGAAGGUUCUGCAUCGAACAAAAAGAUAGCAAGCUGUUUGAAAAGACAAGAGAUGUUCCUUGUGAUGAUACCACUGCCUGUCCUGAUAAUGCAACCUGCUGCAAGACAACUACAGGUGGCUGGGCUUGUUGCCCCAUGCCAGAGGCCGUGUGCUGUGAUGACCACGUCCAUUGCUGUCCUCACGGUACCAAGUGCAACCUAGCUAGCAGCACCUGUGAUAACGCUACGAGCUCCAUACCCUGGUUGGAGAAGUUGCCCACCAUAAACAGGCAGUCUGCUAAAGGACAAGAUGUUCCUUGUGAUGAUACCACUGCCUGUCCUGUUAAUGCAACCUGCUGCAAGACAACUACAGGUGGCUGGGCUUGUUGCCUCAUGCCAGAGGCCGUGUGCUGUGAUGACCACGUCCAUUGCUGUCCUCACGGUACCAAGUGCAACCUAGCUAGCAGCACCUGUGAUAACGCUACGAGCUCCAUACCCUGGUUGGAGAAGUUGCCCACCAUAAACAGGCAGUCUGCUAAAGGACAAGAUGUUCCUUGUGAUGAUACCACUGCCUGUCCUGAUAAUGCAACCUGCUGCAAGACAACUACAGGUGGCUGGGCUUGUUGCCCCAUGCCAGAGGCCGUGUGCUGUGAUGACCACGUCCAUUGCUGUCCUCAUGGUACCAAGUGCAACCUAGCUAGCAGCACCUGUGAUAACGCUACGAGCUCCAUACCCUGGUUGGAGAAGUUGCCCACCAUAAACAGGCAGUCUGCUAAAGGACAAGAUGUUCCUUGUGAUGAUACCACUGCCUGUCCUGAUAAUGCAACCUGCUGCAAGACAACUACAGGUGGCUGGGCUUGUUGCCCCAUGCCAGAGGCCGUGUGCUGUGAUGACCACGUCCAUUGCUGUCCUCACGGUACCAAGUGCAACCUAGCUAGCAGCACCUGUGAUAACGCUACGAGCUCCAUACCCUGGUUGGAGAAGUUGCCCACCAUAAACAGGCAGUCUGCUAAAGGACAAGAUGUUCCUUGUGAUGAUACCACUGCCUGUCCUGUUAAUGCAACCUGCUGCAAGACAACUACAGGUGGCUGGGCUUGUUGCCUCAUGCCAGAGGCCGUGUGCUGUGAUGACCACGUCCAUUGCUGUCCUCACGGUACCAAGUGCAACCUAGCUAGCAGCACCUGUGAUAACGCUACGAGCUCCAUACCCUGGUUGGAGAAGUUGCCCACCAUAAACAGGCAGUCUGCUAAAGGACAAGAUGUUCCUUGUGAUGAUACCACUGCCUGUCCUGUUAAUGCAACCUGCUGCAAGACAACUACAGGUGGCUGGGCUUGUUGCCUCAUGCCAGAGGCCGUGUGCUGUGAUGACCACGUCCAUUGCUGUCCUCACGGUACCAAGUGCAACCUAGCUAGCAGCACCUGUGAUAACGCUACGAGGUCCAUACCCUGGUUGGAGAAGUUGCCCACCAUAAACAGGCAGUCUGCUAAAGGACAAGAUGUUCCUUGUGAUGAUACCACUGCCUGUCCUGUUAAUGCAACCUGCUGCAAGACAACUACAGGUGGCUGGGCUUGUUGCCUCAUGCCAGAGGCCGUGUGCUGUGAUGACCACGUCCAUUGCUGUCCUCACGGUACCAAGUGCAACCUAGCUAGCAGCACCUGUGAUAACGCUACGAGCUCCAUACCCUGGUUGGAGAAGUUGCCCACCAUAAACAGGCAGUCUGCUAAAGGACAAGAUGUUCCUUGUGAUGAUACCACUGCCUGUCCUGAUAAUGCAACCUGCUGCAAGACAACUACAGGUGGCUGGGCUUGUUGCCUCAUGCCAGAGGCCGUGUGCUGUGAUGACCACGUCCAUUGCUGUCCUCACGGUACCAAGUGCAACCUAGCUAGCAGCACCUGUGAUAACGCUACGAGCUCCAUACCCUGGUUGGAGAAGUUGCCCACCAUAAACAGGCAGUCUGCUAAAGGACAAGAUGUUCCUUGUGAUGAUACCACUGCCUGUCCUGAUAAUGCAACCUGCUGCAAGACAACUACAGGUGGCUGGGCUUGUUGCCCCAUGCCAGAGGCAAUAUGCUGUGACGAUCAAAAGCACUGCUGUCCCAAGGGCUACGUUUGCGACAUGCUUGUGCAGACUUGCAGAUCAUCAGGCAGCCCCAGCUCCCCUUGGGUGCAGAGAAAACCUGCCAUGAAGGAGAUGCCCACAGAUGUCGUCUCCAGCUCUUCUGAGUCUUCCCGCCAAAAAUGUGACCCUUUCAGCAGCUGCUCCAAGGAUACAACUUGCUGUUAUAUGAAUAAAAUCAGCAAGUGGGGCUGCUGCCCUUUGCCAGAGGCUGUGUGCUGCGGGGAUGGGGAGCAUUGCUGUCCUUCGGGAUACAAGUGCAACGUGAAACGGACCACCUGCUCCCGCGAUACCCUGGUCAUUCCCUGGUACAGCAAAAUGGAAGCCGAGGCCAAUCAAGUGCCUCGCACAUCUGUCAAGUGCAGCAUGAAGGACGGCUGUGGCUCGGGCACCCCCUGCUAUCAGCUUCCGUCGGGGCAGCUUCGCUACUGCCCACUGGCCAAGGCUGUAUGCUGUAGUGAUAUGCAGCACUGCUGUCCAAGCGGCUACACCUGUGAUCUUGUCGGUAGAUCCUGCACCAGGGCAGACCACAGAUGGGACGGCUGGGAUGAAUUCAUCACAAAGCGAAAACCUCUCAUCCAUUUGUGAUGCUGUGUUGAGAUUUUCUGCUCGCACUGAUCAGUCUGUCACACACUGAUUAAUCUGCUACACAUGACUUAAUUACUUGAAACAGAAUUCUUAUUGUUUGAUUGGGGCAUGUAAAUUUUCAAAGGGUUUGAUUUUUGUUUUUUUAUAUGAUUUCAUAGUGUAUUAUUAACAGCUACUUAUUCAGCAACUGAUUGGAUGAUCACAAAAACCUGCUUUGUUUCUACAGUUGGCGAAUAUGAAUAUAUAAAGAUAUAGUUGAUUUUAAGGGUAUUCUUACUUUCCUCCAGGUUCAUUCCAUGUGGCAGACAAUCAAAAUUUACAGCACAGUAAUAACCUCAUGAGUAAAUGAUCUGAAUCCAUUAUCUUUUGCUGAUGCCAGAUGAAUGUGGUAACAGUGCUCACAUGCAACUCAAGCUGCAUGCAAGUUUUUAAAAACUUGUGUAAAGAGUUUUCACUUUGCAAUAAAAAAACAGAAUGUGCCUUUAUAUUUAACAGAAAAGUAAAACAAGAAUCAAAUAUAAAAUAACAGACGUAAAACUACUGACAAAACUCCGUGAUUUGGGGCUGUGUCAUGUUUGGUGAUAUCACUUUGUUAAUUCUGGCCAUGUACAUUUUUAAGGUAAAAUGAUUGUAAUUACUGCCUUUAUUACCACUGUUGUUUCAUAUCAAAAUAAAAUUCAGGGACAGUGUACACA